AUGUCAGGCACAUGUAGACAUCUCCCGAAUACCCACGACUCUGGCUCAGAAGCCGGACAGCCAGUCUCUUGGAUGUGUCGCUCCGUCAGGCGUUGAACAUUUUUGGAUGAGAUUCGCAGUUAGGGCACAAAGGCGGAACCGGGUCACGUACUAGGAUUCGGUGACGAGUGGAUCAGGAGGGAAGUGGCUAAAUCUUGCUCUCUUCAAUUUUCAUUCAAACCAUUUCUCUCUUCGUCCGCCCAUCCUUGUCUCGAUUCUCCCAGUUCCCGGGCAGCCGGGCGAGCAAAAAAACCCAAAACGAGGUAGACCAACAAGAGGUUGUACUUCAUUCAUCCUGAACAAAGCUUCAUCGGCGGAUUGGAGUGCGAAGUUGCCCGUCUCAAUCGAGCUCGGUGGUUUCAUCUCUCGGGGGUGGAAGUGUAGCCCCGCUGGAGGGAGGAGGCGCAGGAGCCAGGCAGAUGGAAGUUGUGGAAAAGCAGCAUGUUCCCCGGGAACGCUCGCUCCUGUCGUCGUAGGCUGCGCUGCCCCCGGGCGCAGCCGUCUCCUCUCUCUCCCCAAGCUGGCCGGGCUAUGAUGCACCAUGGGCUGGUGCGACCCCGGAGUACAGAUGCUCUUCACCAUGAUGGGCGCCUUCGCAGCCUUCAGCCUGAUGAGCAUCGCCAUCGGCACCGACUACUGGCUCCACUCGCGGGCUUAUUUCUGCAACAGCACGAACAGCACGAGCGAGGAGAACCAAGUGAAAAAGGAGAAAGGAGCCAUGAUCCAUUCGGGUCUCUGGAGAGUCUGUUGUAUGGAAGGUUUUCAAAAAGGAAACUGCUUCAGAAUCAAUUACUUCCCUGACGAUGAUGAUUAUGACCAAGAGGGUUCGGAAUACCUUUUACGGAUUGUCCGUGCUUCCAGCUUAUUCCCAAUCCUGAGUGCCAUACUACUGCUCUUGGCAGGACUGUGUGUUGGAGUUGGAAAAUUGUACAGCAGUAAAACGAACAUUAUCCUUAGUGCUGGCAUCUUAUUUGUAGCAGCAGGACUGAGUAACAUUAUCGGGAUCAUUGUGUACAUAUCGAGCAACACCGGCGACCCCUGGGAUAAGAACGACGAUGACAAGAAGAACCUGUAUUCCUACGGGUGGUCUUUCUAUUUCGGGGCUUUGUCCUUCAUCGUGGCGGAAAUGUCGGGUGUCUUAGCCGUGAGCAUCUACAUCGACAAGAACAAGGUGGCCAGGAGCAGGUCGCACCGGGAGUAUCUGAAGACUUCCUCCUCGCCCUACGCCAGGAUGUCGAACUACAGGUACAGGCAGAGGAGGCGAUCCAGGUCCGGCUCCCGAUCCGAGGAGCCCUCCCCGGCCCGGGAAAUCUGCGCCGCUGGCAACAUGAAGAUGGUGAGCACCGUGGUGCCGCUGAGCGAGAUCUCCAUGUACACACUUUCCAGGGAAGCCGGCAAAGCGCCGGCUGGAGCCGCCUAUCUCCCGGAGCACGAGGAGAGUUUCCUGCAAGUGCACAACUGCUUCCAGAAAGAGGUGAAGGAGGGCUUCGGCAUGAACACGAUGAACAGGCGAACAACGCCAGUCUGAGGCCGUCAACAUUACACCUUGCUCCCUCAUCGCUCCUACUCAUUUCAUGUCCCCUACACCUUUGGAAGGACCAAGAGUAGGGUACCUCACCUGUCUGGCUUCUCUCUACUGGCGGGUCUUGGAUUGCCAGCAUACAUUGGACAAGGCUGAUAUUUCAAGCAUCAAGAUUAAAUGAACUGUGUGAAUCAAGUCACGGGUUUCUGAUAAAAUAUCCCACUUGGAGAACAUCGCGAAACCGAGACGCGCCCGUGUAGUUGGUGAUAAUCUCAACUGUUAACCUGGAAUUAACUUUUUUUUUUAGCAUUAAUAUUCAGUUUUGCAUCUCACACAACUGGAAUACCAAUAUCAACGACUGUUCAACUGUUAUCUGUUCAAAUUCUCGGCUUUAAUCUUUAAAUGUUGCAGCGAUGGGGAGGUUCGUCUAAACCACUGCUCCCGGUUAAUCUUCGUUUUCAUCAUUACCCUGUCAGCCCGGGAUCUGGGCAUGGAGUGGGCCAAUGUUGAUAUCUGUCACGGCUGGCCGAAGGGUUCCUUACCCCGCCAAUAACACACACCCCUCUCCAACAUUUUCUUAACUCCACCCCUCCUCAAUUACGGAAAUUAACCUGGACAUGUGUGUGUGUAACGGAACUGACGAAUAUAUUUGUACAAUUCUGAAAAUUAAGUUAAAUGGCAUAAUUUAAUGACUUGGGAAUGGUCAAAGCUCAGCUCCAGCAGUCUUCGGUCAGCGCUCAUAUUGAUUGGUAUAUUGGACUAAACCUCGAUGUCUUCAAUGGUUGUGUUUCUCGUGGCUUUCCCUCCUCUGAAAAAUUGUUACCGUGAUGAUGUUAAAAGAUAGAACUGUGUGUGUGUAUAAUACUAAACUUGGCAGAUAAUUAGAUUGUUGUGAAACUAGGAGAGAAGACAGAAAACCGUGUGUGUCUGGCGCAAUGUGCUCGGGCUCUUGUAAAGUAUUUGUGAUAAUAAACUAGUUUCUGGACGUGUUGGACAUUUC